CAUGCUAGCCGCGCAUACUGCGUAGGACUUCAGUGCGAUACUGUGUCUUGGUUCGUCCGCACGUCGGUUUUGGCGUAAAAUGGCUCGACCGCGCAACCUAAGGAGUGAUAAUGAUUUACUGUGUUCUGACGACUCGGACAUCGAUGAUGAGCCGAAUGAAAAUGAAAUGCAAGAGGUUCUUUCUGAAAUGCGGCAGAUAGUGGAAGGACAAAAAGAAGAACAGGAGAUUAUUAGAGAAGAAGAUUUGCCGCCAAGAGUGUCAGUGCCAUCGCGGGAUCAUAGUUGUGCACGAAGCCGAAGAGGUUCACCUUCUCCACGAGCUCAAACGGCCACUUCUUUCCCACAACCCAGUUUUCAAGAAACGGAUGAAGCAAAUGUUUGGACAUUUGCUGCGAGGGAAGUACCACUCAAUAACCCAGUGUUUGAUAGCCAAACUGGAGUAAGAGCCCCGGUUGACCAAACUGCAUCUCAAUACGACUGUUUACAGUUGUUUUUCAAUGACAGCUUUUGGAUACUCAUAAAAGCGGAAACGAACCGCUAUGCAUCGCAGAUGACAACUAAGUUAGCUGAGAAAGGGCAGCUAAAGCCAGAUUCUAUGCUUGCUACUUGGAAACCAGUAACUUUGAAGGAGUUGAAGCUUUUCUUUAGCAUUGUGAUACACAUGACACUGGUUCGUAAAGAAACCUUUAAUUCUUACUGGUCAGCCAGGUCGAUUUUGCACACCCCGUUUUGUAGCCGAAUAAUGAGUCGAAAUCGUUUUCUAGCCAUAUACAGUUGUUUACAUUUGAAUGAAACCACCAAUCCUGUACAGCCUGGUGAUGAAAACUACGAUGCACUUUUCAAGCUGAGGACAUACUUUGACGAAUUAUGCCAACUGUGUGAAGCAUUCUACAUGCCCUCAGAGAACCUAACUAUUGAUGAGAGAACCUAUAGUUUUGGAGGCCGUGUGCAUUGCAAUGUCUUCAAAAAAGAUAAACUGAAGAAUGGCACGAAAGUUUAUAUGUUGUGCGACGCUGAAACAGGGUAUCUAUUGAGGAUGAUUCCUUGCUUGGACGACUCUAAAACCGUGGAACAAAUCGUCAUGUCGCUUAUGGAUCCAUACUUAGGUAAAUGGCAUACUGUAUAUAUGUAUCGAUUUUUCGCCAAUCCUACAAUCGUUGAUGAACUGUGGGCAAAGGAUACACGUGCAGUUGGCACGGUGGCGUUGGACCGGCGUGGCUUGCCCAAGAAGUGGCGACACCGUUCACUUGAGGCAAACGAAAUGGCUUUCUGUCAUAGAGGAAACUUAACAGCAUGCAAGUGGAAAGAAAAAGGAUUUCUUACGACGAAGCACGCCGCAACUUGGACAGAAGUAGAAGUGAAAACAAAAGGUGGUAAAAUAAAGCGCAUAAAACCAGACUGCGCACUUGAUUACAACGUCAAUAAAAUUGAGGUAAAUUUGAAUCAUCAGUAUGAGUCAUACUACUCUCUCAAAAAGAAGUCUAUGAAAUGGUGGAAGAAAAUGUUCUUCCACUUAGUGGUAAGAGCAAUGGUGAAUGCUUACAUCAUUUAUUACAAAAUGAAAGAACCUGAGCGUCGUCGAAAGGGGUUUGCUAAUUUUCUGACUCAUUGCGGUGAAGCUAUGGCUCAAGAUGGAGGCUAUACUGAAGAGGAGCAGCAGUCGGCAGGACUAUAUGACUAUACGCCUGGGACUAUACCACGACUGAUUGGUAGACAUGAUAUAGAACAGUUAACUUCUACUAGAGCUAGAUAUCCAUGCAAAAAAUGCAAAGUUUGCGCUGAAAUUAGUCUUAAAAAAACAGGUAAACCGUCACAGAAAAGAACACGUUAUUUUUGUCCCAGGUGUAAUGUCGCACUUUGUCAGGACCCUUGCUUUAAAAUAUAUCAUACAAAGAAAGAUUACAUAUCAUAAUUUUCUUUUAUAAUUAUGUUUAGGACAUACGUCAGGUUGAUUUUCACAAUACCUACCUACUACAUAGAUAUUAAUGAGUAAGCUAAAUAAAAUAAAUGAUUCUUAAUUUUUUA